UUUAUCAUUAGAAAAAAUACUAGGUAGGUAGAUAAGGUGUUUAAAAAUGGUAGCAGAAAAGGUUGUGUUGUUGUUACUAUUGCUAAUUAAUGGUGUGUUUGCGAUGAUCAGUUCGAAAGAUAUGGAAGGGUAUGCUGAAGGAUUUUUGGGUAAUUGUCCACACACAGACUGGCCGGCAGUGCUGAAGCAGAAAACUAAACGCACCAUCAGUCUAAUAGUAUUAGGAGAAGAGGGAGAAACCAACUAUAACUACUUCCAAGCAUCUGAACUAGUCAAAGAUCCUGGUUUUGACUUCAGCAAGCGGACAGUUCUGUAUGUGGGAGGAUUCUUGGAUAGCCCUAAGCAUAUUGAGGCCCAGGCUAUCGGCAGAUUCUACAAGACCUUGGGUUACAAUGUGAUGCUGUUUCAGGCUGACAAGUUUAUGAUCGUGCAUUAUCCUAUCGCAGCCCGCAUGAUCCGCCCCAUCGGGCACGCCAUCGCCGAGAUGCUGACUAACCUCACCGCUCACCACAUGGACCUCCGCAAGUUCGAGGUCAUCGGCAUCAGCCUCGGAGGCCAGAUCUCUAGCUUCAUCGCCAAGAGCUACUACCAACUCACCGGGAACAAGAUCCCUAGAAUCGUCGCCUUAGACCCAGCUGGACCUUGUUUCAGGAAUAACGAUGCGAAUAACAGACUUGACGAUUCUGAUGCCGACUUUGUUGUCACUAUUAACACAAAUAUCGAUGGCUACGGCAUGGCAGCGCCCGUUGGUCAUGUCAACUUCUACGUCAACGGAGGGGAAUACCAGCCUGGGGAUAUCUACUAUCUUCCCUGCACUAUCAUGUGUAGUCAUACUAGGGCGUAUUUCAUCUGGUUGGUCUCGAUCGGGAACCCUGAUGCGUUUAUUGGCAUCAAGUGUGAUUCGGUUCAAGAAGCUCGCAGGCAUGAGUGCUUCGGGAAAGAUCCUCUCAUUACACACACCUUAAGUCCUGACAGAGUCAAUGCGAGCAAUCCAGGGAUAUUCUAUUUGGCCACUAAUACUACAUGGCCUUACUAUUUGGGUAAGAAGGGUCUUACUAGAGACGGUGAUGUGUAUAAAACGAAAGUCUUAGAUUUUAAUUCUGAAGAAGUUAUGAGGAUUUAAUAAAAAGUUAAUGU